AUGGACCCGGAGACCAAUCAGCUCUUUGAGCAAGUCGCCACCGUUGUGUUGCUGGGCAUCACAGCCUACAGCGGCAAGGUAACCUAUGACAAGUGGCAGGUGGAUAAAAAGGAGGAAGACGAAUUCCGACGACAGAAGAUCGCAAGAGCGUUGAAUCCGGAUGGUUGGAGGCAAGAGCUCUUUCAGGAGGAUGAACUGGAGCAGCGGAAGCAAGAACAGAAUCAACCCAAGAACAAGGUCAAGGAAGAGGAGUCCAUGUCCCGUCCCGAGGAUGUUCUCAAAGAGAUUUACAGCACCGACGAUCCCACAGAUGGUCUUACGGAUGGGCUUGGAGCUUAG